AUGAAGCCGUACAUUGCAGUGCCGGCUAUUGCAGGACUUGUGUACCGCGCUUGGUCGCAUAAGUCCUUGACACCUGUCGGUAUAAUCACGGCAAUUGUAGUGGCAGUAAUCCAUGCCAUCCAUCCAUGGAGCGUGUUCUUUGCACUGCUAGCUGUGUUCUUCCUGGCUGGUAAUGCGGCAACCAAGGUCAAACAUGACAUCAAGGCGAAACUGACACAGUCCGCGAAUGGUGCAUCUGGUGGGGAGGGGUCGCGCAACCACGUCCAAGUCAUCGCCAAUUCCGGUGUUGCUUCGGUGCUCAUACUGCUACAUCUAUGGCAUUUGAAGAGGUCGGGAAGAUAUGAUUACAGCAAGGAUCUGUGCUGGGAACGUGAAAGUGAUGCGCUGGUCGUGGGAAUUGUUGCAAACUACGCUGCCGUAGCUGCCGACACCUUCUCCUCAGAGUUAGGCAUUCUCUCGAAAUCGAAACCCCGUCUUAUAACCGCUCCAUGGCGCAUAGUACCACCAGGAACAAAUGGUGGGGUGACAGCAGCUGGUCUGGGCGCCGGCUUACUCGGCGCUUUCAUUCUCUCGGCAACGUCCACUCUCAUCGUACCGUUCUGCAAAGACUGGGACUUUGCGGCCAAGGUCUCAUACACUCUAGCCUUGACUGCAGCUGGGUUCAGUGGUACGAUACUGGAUUCGCUCCUCGGCGCGCUCUUCCAGGCCAGCGUUGUUGACGUACACUCCGGAAGAGUCGUGGAAGGCGAAGGCGGCAGGAAGGUCCUCGUACACAGCCACCCGCUCAACUACAAGAAGACUGCUGAGAUAAGGAGUGGUGUCUCCAGCCACCAAGAAGGGAAAGCCGGCAUCGCGAAGACUACCGGGGCUAGUGUUGGGGAUUCGCUCCAAGCCACUCGUACGAUGCAAAAGGCAGGAGCUAGCGGCAAUGCAGUUGCUGAUAGUCAGCAUGAGAGUCGCAAAAUUGAGGUUGGAAGCGAUAUUCUGGACAACAAUGCCGUCAACAUCCUCAUGGCAGGUUUGGUCAGUGUGGGCGCCAUGGUAGCUGCUUGCAUAGUCUGGGACCUCCCUUUCUCGAGCAUCAUUCCUACAUAG